AUGUCUGACGCCACAUCCUCCAAGCCGCAAAUCUUCUCGAUCCAGGACCUCAAGCAGGCCGCAUCGGACAAGAUGUCUCAGAUGUACAGAGACUACUACAACGGCGGGGCCAUGGAUAACAUCACUCUGGCGAGUAAUGAGGCUGCGUUUGACCGGUACUUGCUUCGUCCUCGCGUUCUCCGUAAUGUUUCAAACAUUGAUAUGACUACUACCCUCUGGGGCACCAAGGCAGCGUUGCCUCUCGGUGUCUCUCCGUCGGCGAUGCAUCGUCUUGCGCAUGCUGAUGGAGAGGUCGGAACUUCGAAAGCCUGUGCUGCGCGCCACGUACCCAUGAUUCUGUCAGCUCUGUCUAACGAUACCCUCGAGGAUGUAUCUGGACAGAGUUCGGAUGGAUCGACACCCUAUGCUAUUCAGGUUAGCCCGUUCAAGAAUCGGCAGAUCACCACCAACUUGCUCAACCGUGCCAAAGCUGCCGGGUAUAAAGCUGUUGUAUUGACAGUGGAUGCUCCCAUGUUUGGCAGGAGAUUGGAUGAUCUGCGAAAUGGCUUCAGCUCUGGUGGAUUGGGUGGCGGUAUUCCCGACCUCUCCUUUGAUACCGGUGCGACUUGGGAAGAAAAGAUUACAUGGAUGAAAAGCCAGACUGACCUUGAGAUUUGGGUCAAGGGAGUUACAUCUCCCCUAGACGCCCAGAUUGCCAUAGAGCAGGGCGUUGAUGGUAUCAUCAUCUCAAACCACGGAGGUCGACAGCUAGAUACUACCCCAGCAACAAUCGACAUUCUCCGCGAGAUCGCACCUAUUGCCAAGGGCAAGACGCGCAUUGCCAUCGAUGGUGGCUUCCGGCGUGGCUCCGAUAUUUUCAAGGCUGUUGCGCUCGGUGCCGACUUUGUCUUUGUCGGCAGAAUCGCCAUCUGGGGCCUUGCUUAUGAUGGUUCCAAUGGUGUUGGCCUGGCACUGGACUUGCUCAUCAACGAAUUCAAGCUGUGUAUGGGACUUGCUGGAUGCAGCAAGAUUAGCGAUAUUACCCCGGCUCAUCUGUCCAUCCUGAACGCAAGAGGCGUGUUGGAGAGUGUGUACUAG